AUGGCAGACUUGCGUCGACGUCACGUCGUGAAUGAUAAUCAAGCGUCAGAUGAACGCCUACAAGAGACAUCGAGACCUCGUCGUGUUGAACGACCUCGAAAAGGUUUUGUGGAGCUCCUCAUGUCUCCAUUGAGCUUUGUAUUGGGAGAUGGAGAGCCUGAGGAUCCGCAGACAGCGGCUCGAAAGUUUACGUCGAGUUUACGUCAACGUUAUGGAGAAAGUGUCACCCCUCGUUUUGAGCACACGUCUUUUCGGGACGCAGUCUCUACCGCUCGAACGGCCUCGAAAUUUUUAUUUGUGUACCUGCACUCUAAUAUUCAUGAUGACGCAGACAUGUUUUGUCGUAAAACAAUGUGUACGGAACGGAUGAGCGCGUACUUGAAUAAUAGUGACUGUAUCGUGUCCUGGGCAGGCUGUGUACAGUAUGCUGAAGGAUUUGGAGUGAGUUUGUCCUUGGGAUGUGCUACGUUUCCAUUUUUAGCGCUCUUGUCGUGUGUCUCGCGAAGUAUUAAUGUGGUGGAGAAGAUUACAGCCACUUUACCAGCAAAUGAGAUCAUUGACAAGUUAAAUGCAGCAGUGGAUCGUAAUACUCAAAUCUUGGCGACGGCACGUCACAUUCAUCAGCAACGGACGGAAGCGCAGAUUUUGCGGGAACAGCAGGAUUUAGAAUAUCAAGAGUCUCUUGCUGCAGAUCGUCGACGGGAACAAGAGGCACGAGAAAAUGCCGAACGGGAAGAGAUGGAACGACUGAAGAAGGAAGAAGAAAAACGACGUGUUGACGAGGAAGCUCGUCGUGCAGAAGAAGACGAGAGACGCCGGGAACAAGAGUACAAGGCCGAGAUUGAAGCCAAGCGUGUUCGGAUCGCAGACGGCCCCAAGUCGCACGUCCCACCGCCAGGUGCAGACUACAAGACGGCAGUGAUCAAGUUCCAUUUACACAAUGGCACUCGUCUCGACCACAUUUUUUACGCGCACGAUACACUGAAGAUGGUGCGUGACUUUAUUGAUGUCGAGUUCUUUGACCGCGAGAUCACGAUCCGGAACUACGAGCUGGCUACAAACUUUCCGAAAAAAGUGUAUGGUCCGGAUUUGGUGAAUGUCACUCUCACAGAUGCGGGCCUUGCGCCACGAGCGCUCGUGUACGUACAAGACCUCGAUUCGUAG